CAAAAAUAAAAAUGGAGAAUGGCAAGGAAGCAACGAACGAAAAACGAAUUUCCGAUUCCGUUUGUCGGAUCGAAACCAAAACGACGUAAAAAAUUGAUGAGAGUUACAACAGAGUUCCAACAAUGAAGCUCCAAUACGACAACUUCCACAGCCACUCUCAGCCGCAGAGAUUGGCUUUGGCUUCCGCUUUUCUUCUUCUGUUGUCCGCUCUCUCCCCCAAUCUCUUCGGCCCUCUUAGCGGAGCCUUCCCUUCCCUCUUCUCCGAAUGGAAUGCUCCGAAGCCCAUGCACUUGCAUCUCUUGAACGGAGCUUUAGAACGCCACACUUCUGUUCAGCAACAGAAGAACCUCUGGUCUCCUUUGGCCAACCAAGGAUGGAGACCCUGUCUUGAUUUUGAAGGGCCCAGAGAUGUACCACUGUCAUUGAAGAAGUCUAAUGGGUAUAUUCAGGUGUUCCUUGAUGGAGGUCUGAACCAACAAAAAAUGGGGAUUUGUGAUGCAGUUGCUGUUGCGAAAAUCUUAAAUGCAACACUAGUCAUCCCACAUCUUGAUGUGAAUCCUGUGUGGCAAGAUUCAAGUUCUUUUGCUGAAAUUUUUGAUGUGGAUCACUUUAUCGAUGUACUACGUAAUGAGAUUUCCGUAGUUAAAGAGCUUCCUAGUUAUUUUUCUUGGAGUACAAGAGAGUAUUAUGCGACUGGCAUAAGAGCAACUAGAAUCAAGACGGCACCUGUACAUGCUUCGGCUGACUGGUAUCUUGAAAAUGUCUUGCCUCUAUUGCAGAGUUACGGGAUUGUUGCCAUUGCACCAUUCUCACAUCGCUUGACUUUCAAUGACUUGCCUGUAAACAUCCAGCGUCUUCGUUGUAAAGUCAACUUUAAAGCUUUAGACUUUGUUCCUCAUAUUAAGGAAUUGGGAGAAACUCUUGUUCAGCGGCUUCGUCACCCUCCUACCAAGAACCAAGUUUCUGGGACUGAGUAUCUGCAGGAGGGAAAUAAUGAGAUCAAAAAACAGGGAGAUGGGAAGUACGUUGUAUUGCAUCUUCGCUUUGAUAAAGAUAUGGCUGCUCAUUCAGCCUGUGAUUUUGGUGGUGGUAAAGCGGAGAAAUUGGCUCUUGCAAAAUACCGGCAGGUGAUUUGGCAAGGAAGGGUUUUAAAUUCUCAAUUCACGGAUGAGGAGUUAAGAAACAAAGGUCGUUGCCCAUUGACACCCGAAGAAAUUGGAUUACUACUAGCAGCUCUCGGCUUUAGCAAUAGAACUCGCCUCUAUCUGGCUUCCCACAAGGUUUAUGGUGGAGAAGCAAGGAUCUCAACUUUGUGCAAAUUGUUUCCACUCAUGGAAGACAAGAAGAGUCUUUCCUCCGCUGACGAACGGUCUAAGGUCGAAGGGAAAGCUUCUUUAUUAGCUGCAGUUGAUUAUUAUGUGAGCAUGCACAGUGACAUAUUCAUUUCUGCUUCUCCCGGAAACAUGCACAAUGCUCUGGUGGGGCAUAGAGCUCUUCUGAACAUGAAGACUAUAAGGCCAAACAUGGGAUUGUUAGGGCAGCUUUUCUUGAACAAGACCAUGGAGUGGCCGGAGUUCCAACAGGCAGUUGUGGAUGGGCACAAAAAUAGACAAGGACAGAUCAGGCUAAGAAAAGAGAAGCAAUCUAUAUAUACAUAUCCUGCUCCUGAUUGCAUGUGUUCAGCUUAAGUGAAUAGAGGGAUCUAGUUUUGUUUUCUGUAAUAUUAUCUUCUUUGGUAGUAUAACUAAUCUCUUGAAUCUCGCACGUACUGUAUAGACAUUGCUUUUUUGAGCACAUUAUUAUUGAAAGAUAACAGAUUUGAUGAAAUGGUACUGAGAAGGGAAAAAAAGCUUUUUUUGUCUUUUUUUUUCUUUUUCUUUUUUUUUUUGAUAGAAAAAGAUGUCAAUGCACUUGUUAACAGUUUGGUUGGUUAUAAGCUUGGGAAGUCUCACGAAUCUGAUGCCAGUAACCCCAAGUUACAUUCAUAUGGUUGAACACAAUUGUUUCAUGCAAUAAUUCGCCAAUGGAAGCUCAUUUUAUGUCGGAAAGUAAAAACUUAUCCUCUGAUGCUUUUAUGUCAAAAGGUUCAGUUUUUAUGUCAUGCAUAAUACGUCAAU